AUGGUGAACGUGGUGACGUUUGCUAUCUACGGGGACCUCAAGCACGCCAUUGCAUCCAAUGUUUGGGCGACCGAGAAAUUGGCGGAACAUGCUAAGCGUGUUCUAGAGGAUGAGGUUAUGGAAAAGGGCUACAAGGAAACCCUGCUGUCGAUUCUAUGUCACGAAGAAGGAUUUGCAAUUGGAUCUGACGAGAAGGGAAAGGGCAUCGACAACCAUGUCGUGAGGGAGACAGGAGGUCCUCAGAGAGUUGGAUCCGUGGCACAGCUGGACAAGAGAAGAGGCGAUUCGAGCAGCAGUGAAGCUGGUCGAGUUUUCUCAGAGAAGACUCGACCACUGGGGUUAGGUCGAAGCUCCACCUUCAAUGAAUCCAGCCUUGUUCAAAGAGGAAGAGGAAGAGGUAGGGGUCGUGGCCGGGGCCGGGGCCGGGGCUGGGGCUGGGGCCGGGGCGAGGGGGAUGGUCAAGGCCGAGGUGAGGGUCAGACUGAGGGCCGGGGUAGGGUUAGGGGUAGGGGUAGGGGUAGAGGCCGUGGCCGAGGCAGACUGCAAGGUGACUUGGAGAAGACUACUGUGUCACAAGGUCAUGAAUGGGGCAGGGAAGAGAUGAGUGACAGCACUCAUAACAGUAAUUCCAUGGAGCAGGGUGGAGACGAAGGGUUUGAAUCAAGAAACCCGCUAAGUCGCAGAUGUGAUUGCAGCUGUCAUGAUUCUCAGUCCGAGGAGACUGCCUCGUUGCAUACAUCUAAUCCUGAUUUUGAUUCUCCCCAUCCUUCUCCUUCUCAUAAUUUGGAUUCCGAUGAUUCCAUGGAUAAUGGCCUUAUGCUGAAUCAGGACAGCGAGUUUACUAGGAUCCCUGGCGCGGACAAUCGAUGCAAUCUGACUGCACUGCCCACUGCUCCAAAGAAGCGGUGGCUACAAAGAAGCAUGAUGGAGCACGAUCCUCAGAAUCCGACGAAUCCGGAGGAGCAUGAGGCUAGAGACCCGGACAGUCAUGCUGCAGCCAGAGGCCCCCCAGCGCCUACCAAGAAGCUGCGGAAUAAAGAGAGAGUCGGGCCAUAUAGAAGCAAAUUUCGAAGGCAAGUGAUGCGCUUUCUUCAGAGACCAGCCGAAAAGGGGGAGUACGCCAGCCUCCUCAGGGAGCUGAAGGCUGGAAACUUCUUCGAGCACCAUCCCGAUGUCAAAAAGAAACUGAGAAGGCACCGCUUUAGCCGGGGAAAACUCUUAACAAUCAUCCGCGGCUUCUACUUCUGGCUCCAGAAUCCGACACUAGAAGGAGGCUUCAAACCGUGGAAAGAUCGACGGUGCCUUGCAGUAGAGCCAUCACUGCAGACAUCAUACUGUGAGUUGUCGGAUUAGGCAGACGCACGAGCUG